AUGUCCUUAUUAUCUAAACUUGAUGUUAGUCCAUUACAAUUUCAAGAUCCGAGUAAAGAUGGAUCUAAAAUAAUUAACUUAAACCUGGAUGGUAGUGGUGAUCCUUUGAGACUCUCUGAGUUAGGUGAAUCUGAUUAUUCCAAUUCAAUUAAAGUUCGCGAUAAUGAAUAUGUUACUUAUCAUCUAUCCAAUGACUAUUCAGUUUUAACUAUUUAUUCGAUGAAUGAUGCACUUCAAAAUAAGACCAUAAAUAUUAAACUGCCAGUGCAAUCGACAAAUAAACAGCACACUUCAAUUGUUUUUGUUAAAGAUGAAGCCUUCAAUGUAGAAUUUAUUUUGAGAAAUAGUAUAUAUUUGAAGAUUUCGAUACCAAUAGACUUUAUAAUAAACAAUUCAUCAGAAUUAAAUGAAGAUUGGUUUUAUGUACUACAGCCAUAUGAUUUCUCAGUUAGAAAACCUCAUAUGUUACAUAGAGUUUCUGAUAAUUUUUCAGUUGUUUUUCUAGAAGAUGGUGGUUUAGUCGGUUUGACUUCACAUGGUGAAACGGAUUUAGAGCCAAUUCUUUUCAAUGAUAAUUCAUACUUACAAAGCAUCACAAGACUGUUCUCCAAAUCAAAACAUUCUAAAAAUUCAAAAGUUGUAAGUUGUUCUAAUUAUCAAAGCAAUUUCCUAAUAGUUUUAACAGAAGAUUGUAUUUUAAAAAUUUGGGAUUUGAAAAAAUUGAUAUUGAUCAACGAAUAUAAUUUAUUUGAUGUUAAUAAUUCAGAUUUUAUUGCAGGUGGUUUGUUUGAUUCCUGUGGGAAUUAUUUGCAUUUAUUCAAUAACCUAUUAACAAUUUACUUACCAUUUACUAAUGGCUUAUUUCAAGUGGGAACAUUAGAUGUUGAUUCUUCCGAUAAACUAACUUUCCAAUCCAAAAUAGUUAUUCCAUCUAAUUUACCUGCAUCCUCAUUAUGGAGUUUGACUGAUAUGAGAAUGAUAAAUCCAUUAGAUCUAAAUUUACCAGAAACUUUUUUAAAUAUCAUUGUUCUAUGGAAAAGUGGUACCAUGAGCAAAUUACAAAUACUUAAUAUAUUGAACGAGUCUGUAGACUCAUAUGAAUGGAUUGAUGCAUCUAACAAAGAUCUUGAAGAAACUAGAAUAGAAUCAGAUAUCGAAAGUAGUGAUUUUUCUAAAACGUUGUUUAAAUUAACUUCACGUUAUCCAAAAGCAAUUGUUGAUCGUGCUAUUAAAGUUUUGGAAGAAAAUGGGAUAAGUAUUCCUUUACAAGAAGCUUUAGAUGAAGAAUAUCUAGCUAAUCUUGAAACCCUUCUUCGAGACAUAAAGGGCGGUUGUGAUGAAGCAUCUUCUUUGACUCUCUAUAAUGAUGAAAUAAUUGUAAUAAAUUGUUUACAAAAAUACAAUUAUUCAAUUUAUAAAAUAAACUGUUCAUUGGAAAAGACGUAUUUUGACAUUAACGAUGACAGUUUGAAUGAUGACUUGUCAAGGUACUUGAGAACCGUAUGGGGUUUCUCUUCCACUGUUCCUGAUCAUGUAUUGAAAAACAUUUCACAUCAAUUUGUUGGUAUUAUAACAAAGUCAAUUCCAAGCACAUUAACUCCAAAUGAGAAAUUGACAAAUAUAUAUAAGACGUCAUUGGAAUCUCAAUUGGAAAUUACAAAUAUCAAUACAUUGUUUCGCGAGCUAAGUUCUUUCGAUGUCAUUUCAAUACUUAAUACAUUGAUAGAUAACAAUUUACAAGUUUUCAACAAUUCUGCAAAUACUUAUGUAGAUGCAAUUAAGUCAGAAAGUUUUUCAAAUAUUAUAACUAUGAAAUGUUUGAAAAACUUGAUAACAGUUCAAAAUAACUUCGUAUUAAGGAUCCUUCUAACAUUCACACUUUUAGAUUUUGAUUAUUCUGUAUUUGAGAAGCAACUAAACGCCUUAUUAGAUCUGCAUUAUAAGCAAGUUUUGUUUAUUUCUCUUUACGAUUUAGAUAAAUCAAAGUUAUCAAACGAAUUAUUCAAACAAACAACAAAGUUCGGACAAGGCAUUAAAUUAUAUUCGUAUUCAGACUUAACUACGUUUUUGCAAUAUGCAACCUUUAAAUUUUAUGAAAUUGAUAUUAAUUCGAAUACAUAUUUUCAGAGGUAUUUUAAUGAUAUGGUUGUCAUUGACAAAGGCACCAAUAUAAUUGAAAAAACCGAACUAUUAGAAUACAUAGGUUGGCCAUAUUUUAUUCGUGACAAUAAGUCAAAUGAAUUUUUAAUGGCAAUACUUUUAUUUUCAUGUGGAAAAUUUGGUCAGUCAUAUGAAUUCUUUAAAUUGCAUGAUUACGUGGAAUCUAUUGCAGAUUCAUUACCUCCAUUCUUUAUCGAACUAACGAAGGAAAAUAAUGAGAAUUCUUGGAAACCAUUGAUAUUAUCAUUUCAAUCAAACUACAAUCACACUUUGUAUUAUUAUGAGCUUUCCUUGUUGUUUUCUAAAGAGGGACAACAUGAAUAUGCAUUAAGUUCGAUUAAAAAGUCCUUGGAAUAUCAAAUGAAAGAUGUUGAGAUUGAAGUUCCACGUGAUUUCAAAGUUAAACAGCUAACACAAUAUUUGAAUAUGCUAAUUCAUUUCAAUAUGUUCAGGGAGGCAUUAGAUGUUUUGAGAUUUAGCCAUGUUGUUUUGUCAAACGAUAUUAGAAGAGAUUAUUUCAAAUUAUUAUUGAACAAAAAUGAUAUAGAUGGCAAUUUUUUCGCUACCCUAUUGAACUUAUGCUAUACACAUGAAGGACAAGAUAUGUAUUUGAAUCCUAUUGAUUUUGAUAUAAUAGAUGGUAUAUUAGUUCAAAAAUUACGUGCAUUUAGUUGGCCGACUUAUAAGAGAUUAUACAGUUACCGUAUGUUAAACAAAAAUGAAAGAAAAGCUGCUGAAGUAGUAUAUGAUUAUUCUGUACAAGUGCAUGAUAAUACAUCGGAGUUGAAGAAAUGUUAUUUAAUUAUUAUUAAUAUUUUAUCAAGUUUUGAGAAAGAAAACGACCAGUGGAUCUUAUAUAAUGGUGAAAUUAUAACAUUACAUUCUUUGGAAAAUAGGAUUGAGAAAUUAUGA